ACAAAAAAAGUUCAAAUUUUCUACAACUUUGACUAUCAGUUUACAACAGUUCUUUCCAUCUCUCUUUUUCUUUAUUUAGUUGCUUUAGAUAGUCAUAAGUUCUCCAAUUGACUGCUGUGUAUAACAUCCCAAAGUUAUACGAAAAUAAUAUAAAAAGGCAAACUUAGAAAAUCAGAAGUAAUAUGUCUGUAUUCGUGCCCGAAACUAAUGAUAAUGGAUCACCACCACAACAAAAGCAACCUGAACAAAGUAGACCAAAAAGACCAAGAUCAAGUUUAGCUUGUAUUCGUUGUCGUAAAAAGAAAGUCAAGUGUGAUUUCGUCCAACCGACUUGUGGUCGCUGUGCCAUUGCAGGUUUACCUUGUAGUUAUGCCACGCCUCCACGACGAGUUGAUGGUCAUGCAUUUGACCAGCUUGGCAAUCAUGUAGAGGAACUAAAAGAGAGAAUGCAAAAAAUGCAAUCAGAACUUGCAAUGAUGAAGAACAAUUUACACCCAUUUGCGUCCACUAGCACUUCGGCCAAUACACUAGGAACAAUAGGGUCACCAUUAGAGGAAGGGUAUAUGGAUACGUCAGGAAUGCAUAGUAAUAGCAAUAGUAACAUGACGUUAGCUACAACAGCAGGUGCCGGAUGUGGUGGUGUUGCCCCUACCAAUGAACAGUCAGUUACAUGGAAAUUGUCACUCUCACCUUCUGGCCUAAGAAUUGAUACUAAUAUUGCUAGUGUCGCAGAUUUAUAUCGUAUUUUAUUGAACGGUAUCAGCCAAUUAAACAUUAAUAACGACGCCACAACUAGUUUGUUCAGUCCUGACGAAACCUUAGCAUCAAAUAAUAACUUAUCAGGAACAUCACGACAUAAGCAUACUUUAUCUAAACCAUUUCUCAAUGGUACUGGAAAUAAUGGAUUAGCAAGCGGAAACAAUGGCCGACGUGGAGCAGGAGCAGCAGGUGGCAAUGUUGGUUAUUUAGAUACCAAUAUGCUAGAAGCCAGCAACAACGAUAAAGGCGGCGGACGUUUAUGGGAAGUUGAUGAUGUUGAAGCAAGAAAGAUUUUACAAGAAAAAAAAGCUGCAGACGAUGUGUUACCUAAAGAAGUUCUCACCAAUUUGAUGCAUACGUGCUAUCAUAACUGCUUUUUAGCAUACCAAAUCGUUGAUAAAGAUCAAUUUAUGCAACAAUAUAUGUCGGAUGAGGGAUUAGAUCCACUUUUGCUCAACUCUAUAAACGCGUGGGUAUCCAAACAUGGCUGUAUUUAUCAUAACAUCGGCGGUGGUAAUUCAACCACAAUGGGUGAAGUCUAUUUUAAAAACGCUCGUCAAUUGUUAAAAAAAUGCUUUGAUAUCAGUAGUCCCACGACAAUACAUGCCUUGCUAAACCUUUACAUGUAUCAACUGAGUAGUGAACGUUCCAGUCUUGCCUAUCUUUAUAUUGGCUUGGCUAUUCGUAUGGCACAGGAUCUUAAGUUCCACAAAAAAGAACACAUGUCGGCGGAUUUGAAACAACGUGAAACGAACAAGCGCCUAUGGUGGUCUGCUUAUUGGCUCGACUUGUGUGCUGCCCUAGAGUCCAACCGCCCAACUAUGGUUGAUGACAAGGAUUGUGAUUUAGAUUAUCCUGUACGCUUAGAACAUGAAGAUGAUGAAACAGGCUAUCGUAUUCAGUUUACAGUAUAUUCCAUCAAACUCAUGCGUAUUCGAAAAGAUAUUACUAAGCAUUUGCCGUCUGAACAAUCUGGUCAGUCACUUUUGUCAGCCAUUUCACGACUAGAGAAUGCUCUGACAAAUUGGCUUAGUGAAUUGCCUCCUGAAUUACACUUUGAUGAUCACGCAACCAACUUCCAGAAAACGGGCUCCUUCAAAGACGAAGCAUGUUUGAUAUUGAAUAUUGAAUAUCAAACAACCUGGAUUAUGCUACACAAGUUUUUCUUGCCUAAGCCUGAACAAACAGCUACACCUGUUGCUUUACUAUCGCUCAACAUUUGUACGAAAUCAGCCAAUCUCAUUACGCGUAUGCUGAGCUUAUAUGCAGCCAACCUUCACUGGUGUCAGUUCUUUUAUGCUAUGGAUGGUAUCAUUGCUAGCGUUACCAUUCAUCAAGUUAAUGCCUUAUCGUCAGAAAAGGAAGUGUCUUGCCUUGCACAGCGUAACUUGAUCAUUACAGCAAAUGUUUUGAAAGAAUCACCACUAAUGUAUAUGGUGAGAGUAUGCGAAAUUAUCGAAAGUAUUGAAGGCUUCUUGAAGAAGAACAAUCUCUCUUCCAAUCUCAAUGACUUGCCAUCUGUCGAUGAAGAUUCCGUCAACCAACAGUCGAUUUCGUCUGUCUUCCAUCCUGCUAUAUUUGAGACUCAACAACAACAACAACAACAGCAUAUGAUGCGUCAACAGCAACAACAAGCACAAGUUUUGAAUGCGCCUACGACGCCUCAAGCACAACAACAACAAUCUCAACAGCAACAUCUCACAUCUCAGCAACAACAAUUACAACAACGUCAAGCUUAUACGAACUCAUUAUCUCCUUCUAUUCAUUCACCGCAGACUAUGUUGAACUCACCUCAAUCACAACAUUCAGCUUCUACUAAUCCAAUGCAGGUACCUUCUCAGUUAUCGCAAGCUAUGUUUCCCCACCAACAACAAAAGCAGCACCAGCAACAUCAUCCAGCGCUAUCACAAGCUCCACCACAACUACCACAGACCAUAUCCGCUGCAGGUCAGCCAACAUUAACGAAGAACAUUCCUCAAUUACAAGCACAACCUCAAAUAACCCAGAAUCAGCAGCAAGGUCAGCAUAAUAACAAUAACUUAUAUGGUAAUCCCAAUGCUACAACUAACAUAAUGAUGGAUACAAGCGGUAUGUUCGUGAACGAUCCAACAAGUUUGAUGGGAUUUAAUUUGCCUGGUCAGGGCGAGGAUAUGAACCAAUUGCUUUUGAGAAAUAUGGGAUUUGACUUGAGUAAUAUGAAUUCCAAUAAUAUAGCAGCAGCAGCAGUAGCAUCAAAUAAUGGUAGAAUGUUCAAUAUGUUCAACCCUACUACUGCUAACCCUAAUAUGAACAAUCCUAAUGGUAACAACGCCUACUCAUCUUUUACAUCCAAUUUUAACCCAUCUAUGUCAACACCUAUUCCAUCACCGGCAACUGCUGCCACCGCUACUACUACUACCGCCCCUACUCCUACUCCUCAGCAGCAGCAACAGCAACAAACGGUUUCGCAACAAAAUAAUCCUAAUAACAACACCACAUACCCGAACUUUUUGAACAAUGCAGAUAUUUUUGCUGCUGCUACACCGCAAGGCUUUUCAGCUAAUAGCAAUACAUCUUCUACAGCAGCAGCUACAGCAACAGCUUUUGAUCCAACAGCCUUCUUUGGUACGAUGAAUAUGGAUCCGGCUACUAUGAGUGCUUUGUUAUACAAUGGGGCUGGUUUGCCUGGAUUUCCUUCGUCGCCUUUUCAACAUCAACCUCGUCAACAGCAGCAACAUCAGCAGCAAGGUUCAGUAGAAACUAUGGAUGAAACUAACACUGCUAGCCCAUCUGCUAAUAGUGGGAGAAAACGAGUUCACCGUGAUUGGGAAGAUGCUGCUUAAAGAUAAUAUUUCGUAUAUUCUGAUAGAUGCAAUCCUUUCCUUUGCUUUUUGAAUUUUGUAAAGCUUUUUAUUAUCCUUGCAAUGUACCCAUUAUCUAUAUUAUUGCUAAUAAAAGAGAAAAAUGUAUAACACGAA